AUGUCAGCAAGUGAAGAUCCGAAAUCAACAAUUAGUGAACAAAAAUCUACUCAACCUCAAUCGAGUCAAGGUCAAUCCAAGAUGUUAUUUGGAACUAAAUUAGAACAUGAAACUUAUGCACCAUGGAAAGAUUAUUAUAUAAAUUAUAAUCAAUUAAAAAAAUUAUUAAAAGAAGGAGUUAUAUUAAAAAAUAAUUGGACUGAUAAAGAUGAACAAAAUUUUGUUAGUGCUUUAGAUGAAAAUUUAGAAAAAGUAUUUGGAUUUCAGCAUAAUAAAUUUGAUGAAUUAAAUGAUGAAUUAAAUAAAUUACAACAACAAAUUGAAGUUGCUGAUAUUUUUAAUGUUGAAAGUUUUUCUAAAAAAUUAGAUAAUUUAUUAAAUGAGGCACAAAAUUUGGAACAUUUUCAAAGAUUAAAUUAUACUGGAUUUAUAAAAAUUGUUAAAAAACAUGAUAGAUUACAUCCAGAUUAUUCUGUAAAACCUUUAUUAAACGUUAGAUUAAAAAAAUUACCAUUUCAUUCAGAAGAUUAUUCUCCUUUGUUAUAUAAAGUUGGUAUAUUAUUUCAAUUUUUAAGAGAAAAUUAUGAAGUUGAUCAAUCUUUGAGUAAAUUAUCAUCUUUUAACGAUGGUGCAUUAAGUGGCGAAUUUCAAUCUUUCAAAUUUUGGGUUCAUCCUGAUAAUUUAAUGGAAGUUAAAACUACUAUUUUAAGACAUUUACCUGUGUUGAUUUAUAACUCCAAAAACGAUGAUGAUGAUGAUGACGAUGACGAUGAUGAAGAGGAACCAAAUAAUUCAGGUAAUCACAAGGUAACUCAAACUGAUCAAACAGUCAAUUGUUUAUAUUUUGAUAACGAAGAUUUUGAUUUAUAUAAUCAUAAAUUAACAAAAUUAAAUAAUUCAGCAACUUUAAGAAUUCGAUGGAUUGGUAAAUUAAGUGAUAAACCAAAAAUUACGAUGGAAAAAAAACAAUUUGAUAUUAAUUCAAAUUUUCAUGUUGAUGAUAAAAUUGAAUUAAGACAAAAAUAUAUUAAUCAAUUUGUUAUUCAAAAUUCAAUACCAUCAAAGAUUUUAAAACUAAAUGAUGAAGCAGCUGUAAAGAAUUUAUCAAAAUUUAUUGAUGAAAAUCAUUUACAACCAAUUUUAAGAACCACGUAUAACCGUACAGCUUUUCAAAUUCCAGGUGAUGACAAAAUUAGAAUUAUAAUUGAUUCUAAUUUAACUUUUAUUAGAGAAGAUUCAUUUGAUUCAAGAUUACCAAUUAGAGAUCCAAAUCAAUGGCAUCGUUUAGAUUUAGAUAAUAGUAAAAAUUCACAACAAUUUUUAAGAAAAGGUGAAUAUAAUAAAUUUCCUUUUUCAACUAUGGAAAUUAAAAUCAAGAAAUCAUCAGUAAAAAACUUUAAAAAAUUACAAUGGAUUAAUGAAUUAAUCAAUAGUUCUUAUUUAGUUAAAGAAAUUCCAAAUUUUUCCAAAUUCAUUCAUGGUGUUGCUUCAUUAUUUUUAGAAGAUGAUAAAUUAGAUAAUAUUCCAAUGUGGUUUAAUGAAUUAGAAGGUGAUAUAAAUGAUGAUUUACCAAUUAUACCAUCUAAAGUUAAUAAUGAUGGUAUUACUGAAUUAAGUAAUGAUGAUAAUUUAUCUAAAUUUAAAUCAAUGAUUUUGAAAAACAACAAUAAUUUCCAACCAAGAUCUGCUUCAUUUUCAGGUAGUUUAUUAUAUAAAGAUGAAAUUGAUGAAGUAAAUGGUGAUCAAAACAAGAUAGUUACAAUUGAUGAAGAAUUAUCAACAACUGAUAAAUUACAAACUAAUCAACAAGUUAAUUUAACAACUGAUGAUCAAUCAUCAGAUUUCGAUGAUGAUGAGGAUGAAGAUGAUGAAGAAACUUCUUCAAAACCAAGUAGUAUAUCAAGAAUUACAAGUCAAUUUUCAAGAUUAAUUGAUGUUGAUUCAGAAGAUGAAGAAAUUGAAUUACCUGUAGGAGUUAUUAAACCAGAACAAUGGAUUAAAAAUAUGGGACCAUUAAAAAUAGAACCAAAAGUUUGGUUAGCUAAUGAAAGAACUUUUAAUAGAUGGUUACAUGUAACAACUUUAUUAAUGUCAGUUACUUUUAUAAUUUAUUCAUCUACUUUAAGAUCAAAUUUUGCUGAAUUAAGUACUUAUUUAGCUUAUUUUUAUUUUGGAUUAACUGUAUUUAGUUGUCUUUGGGGUUAUUAUAUUUUUAUGGAAAGAAGAAAAAUUAUUAUGGAAAGAUCAGAUAAACAUUUAGAUAAUUCUGUGGGACCUUUAAUUAUUGCAUUUGGUUUAAUAUUUGCAUUAAUUGUUAAUUUUAUAUUUGGUUGGAAAAGUUUAGAUUUAGAUUAUGAAAAUAAUCAAUUUUAUCAAAAUAAUCCAAUGCAUAAAAAAAUCCAUCAAUUUGUUGCAGAAAUGUUUUAA